AUGCUUAAUUCUGCCCUUCUAUCGUUACUUGGCAUCGCGCCCAGCUUUUUCGGUAACGCUCUUGCACAGACUUUUACGCCGGCACCUGGCAACUUCCCAGCCAAGGGUGAUGGUGACUUCGCGGGUGGCAUCUUCAGUAUCUCCCUCGCUGAGCUACCUAAGUAUGCUGGCGCGGGUGGAACCGGACCUGAGGCUCCCAAAGGCAAUGGUGCGAAGACAUCUGGCUCAGGACCCUAUCCUGCACAGAUGUUGACCGACUCUUCGCUACCGGGACACACAAUCUUCGCGCCCAAGACUCUUCCAGCCGGAAAUCUCAGUCUGCCUUUCAUUGCAUGGGGCAAUGGAGGAUGCGGCCUCAACGCAGGUAUCUACGAGCGCUUGUUAGUAGAAAUUGCUAGCUACGGAUACAUUAUCGCCGCAGACGGCACGCCCACGGGCUCUGGUUUCCAAUCUGGUCAACAGUCCAAAGUACAGGACAUGCGGGACUCCCUAAACUGGGCGUUUGCAGGCAAAGCGACGAAAUACGGAAACGUCGAUUUGACCAAAGUCACGACUGCAGGUCACAGCUGUGGGGGCCUGGAAGCCAUGUCGACGGCGUACCGUGAUGAGAGGGUGAAGAGAAUCAUGCUAUUCAACAUUGCGAUAUUCCAGGAUGACAGGAGGUACCUACUCAAGGAGAUCAAGGUGCCAAUCGUGUAUCUCAUUGGAGGGCCUAAGGAUAUGGGUUAUAACACUUCGGCUAAAGAUUAUGCGCUUCUGAACGCGGGGCUUCCCAAACUCAGGGCCAACCUCGAUACUGGUCAUGACGGGACUUUCGCCGCUAUCAAUGGUGGCAAACAGGGUAAAGCAGCUGUGGCAUACUUGGAAUGGCAGUGGAGAGGUAACGCGACUGCUCAAGCGUACCUACUUGACGGCGGUCUGGAGAAGGACAACUGGAUUGAAGAGCAUGCCAACUGGGUAUGA